AUGGGUUGGUUCGACGGUAAAUCGAGUGCCUCCUCCUCAGGAUAUGUACGCCGACGGUCGCCUACCCACUCCAAGUCCGGGGCUUCAUCCACCCACCAGAAAUCCGGGUUUUCCACUCACCACUCGCGACACUCCGCGCCCACCUUCUUCACCGGUCUGGGUGGAGGAUUAGGUGGAAGUCGAUCAGGCGGCCGAUCAAGCCCAUCGGUCUUCUCCUCGUUUUCGUCGUCGUCUCGUCGCGCCCGACCCCGUGAGGGCUUUGUGCAGCGCAUGAUUCGCGACAUCAAGAGACUCUUCCGCGACAUCUACCGGUAUAUGCGCCGCAACCCGAUGAAGGUGUUCAUGAUGGUCAUCGUGCCUCUGUUGACCAGUGGUGUUCUGCCGAAGUUGCUGGGUAUGAUUGGCAUUCGGUUGCCGCAUGCCGUGAUCUCCGCUCUGGGUGGAAGUGUGCCGAAGCCUGCUGGAUACGCUGAGGCUGGUGGUCGUGGAAUCUCAGAGAACAUCAAUAGCUUGAUGAACAUUGCUAAAAUGUUUGCUUGA